AUGCUUAAUUGGGCACGUUUGUGUGUCUGCCUGAACAUGCUGGACUUGGCCGCGUGGCCUUUAAACGCCUGUUUGAUGCAUGAAGGUGAGCUUUAUGCCGUCCAGAAAGCAAGGCCAACUAAGCCCUCAACCUGCCUCCCCACGGCGAACUCUGCCAACCAAGCCCGAUUAGCAUACCGAUUUGGGUAUCAGUUUUCAUUCUGCUUUCAGCGCUAG